AUUUCAGUGAAGGGAUGUUUGAGUCUCCGUGCAGAUCGUGUUCGCGAGGUCGUUAUGAAAAAUGGCUCCGUUGUUACUAUGCUGGACCGGUGCGCCAUAAGAGACGAUAGUGGAACUAUACGCCUGACACUGUGGGGAGACAUCAUCCAGGAAGUCAGGAAUGAUAGCUGCUAUAGUUUUGAAAAUGUCCUUGUAAAGUUCUACGAUUUUCAGAGAUACCUUACGACAACUCAUAGUACUAGGAUCAUGCCAACAGAAGAAAAGUUCCCACAUAUAAGCGAACAAUUGUUCGAUAGUCUGUUUGAUGUCGGAAGAAUUUUGGUUGAGAAGAUAAGUUUCGCACAACAGUUAAAGAAAUGGCUGUCGUGUUGUGAAUGCGGAAAGCACUUAAGCGAUGCUACGUCGAUGCCAGAGAGAUUCAUCAAAUGCGAUAAGUGUAAAACAGUCCAACCGGUGUCUUCUUGCAGUAUGAAGGCUUCUGCUCGGAUUGCAAUACGGGGCAGCGACCAUGAACUUAUUUGGCUCAAGGCCUUCACCCCAGUUCUUGAGGAAAUGUUGAAUCAAACAGCACCUGAUGUCACACUUCAGUCUUCGGAAGAAGAGAUCUACGAGCAACUGUUUGAACAGCGAAAUUUUAUAGUUGAGUAUGAUAAAAGUUCAAUGGUGAUAAAGAACAUUUAUUUUGAGUCGUUGUGAUUUUUAAGGGAACAUUGUACAUUUGGAUGAUAUCGUUUAUGUAGUAGUAGUAUUGAUCCGCAGGCUGACUUUUUAUAGGUCAGUUGACAACUGAAAAUGAAAUAAAUUGUUUCGAUCUGUGCAUUGUUUAUAAAAAGCUGAAUAGUCGGUGAGAAAAAGUCAAGUUAAAGUAUUUAUGUCAUUAUUUAGCCUUGUGAUAAUAAGUAGUACAUGGAUACUAAGGUGCGGUUGAAAGGUUGUUACAUAAUUGGUUCAAUUUCUCUUUGCAAGUGAGCGAAAGUUUUAAACGGCGAAUAAUACGCUAUGAUCCUAGUUACGAAAAACUUCUUAAGGGGUAUCAGGACUCGAGAGAAUCUGUCAAGUUGUUCUACUUCAGUAAAAGAACGUGUGGUGAAACUGUCUUAGAAAUUGUCAAGAAUCAACGAUAUUUUCUUUGAAUGUUACGAUAGUACUUCUCAGAAAGCCGAGCGAACAUUUACAAUUAUCGAGUCGUUGAGAGAAGGUGAGAUGAUUUCAUUGAAGGGAUGUCUUCGUGUACAUUGUGUUCACCUUCGUUGAUGGUUUUGUUGUUGCUACAAUCUUCGGAAGAAUAGAUUUACGAAUAAUUUUUUGGCUAGCUAAAUUUUAAUAUUGAGUAUGAGAAAAGUUCGAUUAUUGUUAUGAAGUUGAAGUUAUACUGUGGUGUUUUGCAGUAGUAGAAUUCGCAGGCCCUGCGGUUUAUAGGUUAGUUGACAACUGAUAGUAUUAUAAAUUGUGUCAACGAUGUAUAAUAAAGUUGCAAUGAUAUACAAAUAUUAUAUUGUGGUUGGGUUAUUGUCAAUAUGUUUGUUUUAUUAAAAGAAUGUUACGAGAGAGUUUAUUUGUUGUGGUGGCUUUCUUAGAUAAGAGAUGAACAAAUCUCUGUAGCAUAAUGGGAGUUGAAG